AUGCGCUGCCGUAUCUACUGCUGCAAGUCCGAGCCCUGCUUGAGUGCACUUACCUCGUGCAAGUUUAAGCUGAAGACCUUGACCUGCGAGAGAACGAAGCAGAGCCAUCUUUAUCAGCACGAUGACCACUUUGCCGGCAGCGCUCCUGACCUGCGGCCGCAACGCUCUCUUGAGAUGAAGGUGGCUAUCCGCGAGCUAGUGGCAAAGGACGUAAAGCUCGCUCGCAUCCGCAAUGAGCUGGUUGAUAGCUUCAUGCUAUCGACCGGAGCAGUGCCUGCUUUAAAGCAGAUCCAAAAUUUGUCUACAACUACAGACGAAGCAAAAUGA